CGCAAUGCGGAUAGUUGUGAUAUCGUUAUUUCUGUUCAGCGGAGUUUUUGGUAGAGCUUCUCGUGAAGCCGAGAAAAAGCAGGAUACAGUAGCAUGCGGAGAAUUAAGGGAUGAAUACGUGAGGGUUUGCACAGGAGCCAACACAAAACGACGAGAGCAAAAAGACAAGGACUUUUGCAAUGCCUUCGAAAAUAUUUGUUUUUCGAUUCCGGAAGGUGAACCUGACAAGGCGAAAGAUGCAGAGGUUACUGGGCCUCGUACCGCCGCAAUCUCACCCGAGUCAGCAGCAGCGGUGAGAGGGGAGACUACUGGUUCUGCACACAAAAAGACGAAUUUUGCACGGUUCUGCAAGGAAUUCAAAAAUCAAUACCUUUAUGUUUGUCCGGAUCCGUUCAGGUUUGGUCAAAAAGCCAUUGUCUUCUGUCCAGUCUACUCUGAAAAGUGUCACGUGCCGCUUCCCGACAAGCCAGUGAUCCCGCAACGAAAAUCACACCGUAAACGUGGCCCGGGCGGUGCUGUCAAUCAACUUUGUCGUAGCUAUCAAGGAUUUGCAAUGAAUUACUGUAACAAUCCUAUAUUAACCGCUCAAAGCCAAUAUAGAACUGCUUGCGACAAGUACUGGAGGUUUUGCGGAAAAUUCCACCAACAAGGAUGAGAAGUUAAUUAAUUUUUUGAAAACUUUUUGAUUUAUUUGUGUUUUAAAACAUAUUCGUUGCAAUAUCACCUAAAAAUAAUAUUUUAUAAGUUAGUUGAAAUAUUUUUUGAAAAACACAAUAAAUGACUAGAAUGACUAAC